AUGCGGCUGGCACCAAAGAAGCCAGCCAACAAAUCAACAAAAAUGGUUGAGUUGUGUCGUUAUUGUGGAGAAACGACACCACACAAAGGAAGUUGCAAAGCAAGAGGUGCCACAUGUAAUAACUGUGGCAAGAAAAAUCAUUUUUCAAGAGUUUGUGAAAGCAAGAAAGUCAACUUGCUUAUUGCACAGCCAGGAACACAAGGAGGGUCAUUUUACGAAUAUGGACCAACAGAAAUUAAAUUUGAUGCAGUGAAGGAGAAACUACGAACCACCAGUGAAAACUAUCCAUCCACUGUAAUCGAGGUAAACAUCGACAACACCAGGAUCACUAUGCAAGUAGAUUCGGGGGCAGAUGCAAAUGUAAUUCCAUGGAAUGUUUAUGAAGAACACUUAAAACACAUUCCUCUUCGAUCAACCAAGGCGAAACUGCAACCAUACAACUCAGUUACAUUACCAAUCAAGGGGGCAUUUGAGGCACAAAUCACUGCCAACAACAACAACAAUGUCCAGGCUACCUUUUAUGUAACAGAGGGAGCUGCUGCACAAAGUUUAAUGGGCAAAUACACAGCUUUCAAUUUAGAUGUAUUGGCUAUUAAUGUAAAUCAUCUUGACAACCAACAAACUGUAAAACAGGUACACACCCAAGUACAACAUCUAGAUUAUAGAGAAAUGGCCAAACAUCUAACUCCCAUAGAGACAUCGGUUGAACUUGAAAAGCAGCUUGAAGUUAGCUACAACACACAAUCAAGAACAGAAGGUUGA